AUUGUAAAAUAUGGAACCGGGAGUCAAAGUCGAAAGUUUUAAGACUGCCAAACAUCGCUGUCCUCCCACGUUCUUGCCUUUAAGGUCUCUCUCAAACACUAGUUCCCAUUCGUCUCUUUCCUCCGUCGCCGGAGGACUAGAAAGCCCACCGCCACUCUCAAGGGCCGCCGGAAGCGGCCUAUAUUUAAUAUCUCCAACUAACGUCUCCGCGAUCCACUCACGAUGAGCACCGGCGAACUUCUCAGCAUCGACCCUCAAGAGCUCCAAUUUCCCUUUGAACUGAGAAAGCAGAUCUCCUGUUCUCUAAACUUGUCCAACAAGACCCACAGUUAUGUAGCUUUUAAGGUCAAAACGACAAAUCCAGAGAAGUACUGUGUAAGGCCCAACACUGGAGUUGUUCUGCCUGCCUCUACGGGCAACGUUAUUGUUACAAUGCAAGCACAAAAGGAAGCACCUCCCGAUAUGCAAUGCAAGGAUAAAUUUUUACUUCAGAGUGUGGUUGCUAGUCCCGGAACCGCAGCAAAGGAUAUAACUCCUGAGAUGUUUAAUAAGGAAUCUGGGAACCGUGUUGAGGAGUGCAAGUUGAGGGUUGUUUAUCUUGCACCUCCUCAGCCUCCUUCCCCUGUUCAAGAAGGAUCCGAGGAAGGCUCUUCAUCUACGGCUUCAGUCUCAGACAACGGUAGCUUGAACGCUUCAGAAUUUACAUCUGUGCCAAGGGCUCAUGUCAAGCAGCAUCAACCUCAACACAACUCAUCGGAUGCAAGGUCUCGCAUUUCCAAGCUAGCCGAGGAAAAAAACGCUGCCAUUCAGCAAAAUAAAAGCCUUCAGCAAGAACUGGAACUCUUAAGACGCAAAGCCAGAAAAGGUCACACUGGUAUUCCACUCAUGUAUGUAAUACUUGUUGGCUUAAUUGGCGUCAUUUUGGGAUACCUCUUGAAAAGAACAUGAAGGUGGAAAUUACCAUUUUCUUUUCCGCCGGAAAAAUGAAAUGUAGGAGACUUUGAAGAAACAAAUAUUUGACCCAUUGAUUAAGUUGUAGCUCUUAUUGAAUGUAUCACUUCACUACUGGUCUGUUUGUAUGCUAGAAAACCAUGUCCAAUAUGACAGGUAGAAGCAACUGUUGUUCAUUGUAUUAACUGGAAUUAACUGGAAAGGAAUUAACUGGAAUUCACAAUUGUGGCCAAUAA